AGACAUUAAUCAAUUGAUUUUUGAUAAUGCAGAGAUUGCAACUGUUAGAAAGCAUUACUCUGAAUGGAUGACUCUUUAUGAUAAAUACUUAAGCUGUCAUGAUGCAUAUUGUUUACAUUUAUCUAAUGAAGAUAGAGCCGCGUAUUAUGAUGAUUUCUUUGAAGAUCGUGAUGUGUAUUUAUCAAAUUUUAUGUCUUCAACUAAAAAUUGGUUUGUUCAAACUGAAGGCAUAGCUACACCUACAAAACCAGUAUGUGCGAAAGAAAAAUCUGUUCGUUCGAGUCAUCGUUCUUCACAUCGUAGUUCAUCACAUUGUAGUUCUUCACAUCGUAGUGACAUUUCCUCAUUAAAGUUUCAUGAAGAACAAAAGAAUUUAGAACUCUCAGCUAAAGUGGAGGCAUUAAGGCAAAGAAAAGACAUUGAAGCUAAAAGACUAGAAUUAGAAUUUAUUGAAAAGGAAUUAGACUUGAAAACGGAAUUAGCUAUUUCACAAGGCAAAUCAAAACUGUACGAACGUUAUGCUCCAUCGUCGAAGGAUGAGGCCUCUAGUGUUGUAGGCGAAGUUAAAGAAAAUACAGACUCUAAUGUGAAAGUUAAAGAUUCUAAUGACAUAAUUUCUUCUGACGCAUGUAAUACAACAUAUAAUGUUGACAGGACUGUUCGAGAAACUGUUAAUACAUGUAAUGAUGAUAAUUCUUUUGAUAAACUAACAAUUAGACCUACACAUAAACAAUGUGAAUUUAAUAAAGAUGUUAGCCCUUUUGAAAACAAGCCUGACAGUGUUUCAGCAAACUUGGUACCUGAUCAAAAUUUGACGCCACAUAAUGCUGAAGGAGCCUUGUACUCUAUGAUUAAACAUAUCAAGAAACCUAAUACAAGUAUUCAACCGUUUGAUGGUAAUAUUUUGGAGUAUCAAAGAUUUAUUAGACAAUUUAAUUCUGUGAUCGUAACAAAUUGUGACACUUAUGAUGAGCGCUUGAACUUUCUUGAUCAAUUUACAUCAGGAGAAGCAAAUAAAAUUGUUCGUAGUUAUAGUUAUCUUCGUGCUGACAAGGCGUAUGAUUGCGCUUUGAGUCAACUACAAUCUAGAUAUGGUAAUAGUGAACUGAUAGCGAAUGCUUUUAUAGAAAAGGCCUUACAUUGGCCAGUUAUCAAGUCAGACAAUCCUAAGGGUUUAGAUGACUUUGCUUUAUUCUUAACAGAAUGUCUUCAUGCAGUUAAAAGUAUUGAAGCGGUAAACAUUUUGGAGUACUCUGAAAAUAUUAAAAGAAUUCUACAAAAAUUACCCUAUUUUAUUCACGAUAAGUGGAGAAACAUUGUUCAGUCUACUAGAGAUAAAGGACACAGUGUCCAUUUUGAUCAACUCGUGGAAUUAAUUAAUACUGAAGCUCUGAAAGCUAAUGAUCCAACAUAUGGUAAAAAGGCCUUGUUGGGUGACCGGUUAUUAAGUACACCAAUCCGCAAAUCACAUGUACAAGUACAUGCAAAUAGACCAAAGGGAUCAUUUGCCAUUCAACAAGUAAAUUCAAGGCCCAAUGAACAAUCAACUUACAUGUAUACAAGACCUUAUAACACAGACAUAGCAUUUACCAAGCCAUGUUGUUACUGUAAGCAUCCCUCGCAUUCAAUGUUUGUAUGUAAACAAUUAUCAUCUUUACCAGAGUCAGUGAAGAAGGACUUUGUUAAAUCUAAACGUUUAUGUUUUGGUUGUUUAAAACCAGGUCAUAUUUUGCAAUACUGUAGUAAGAAAACUAAGUGCCCAAAUAAUGAGUGUGAUGAAAGUCAUCAUCCUGUAUUACAUGAUAAUAAGAACAAUAAUCAAACAAAAACUGAUCAAAAACCUGUGGUAGCGAGUACUCUUAGUAACGAUAUGGAGGCCGGAAACCAUAAUGAUAGCCCAUGUACAAUGGCAAUUAUACCUGUUAUGGUAAAAACAAAGAAUGGUCAUAAUGUUGUUGAAACAUACGCUUUUCUAGAUCCGGGAUCUAACGUUUCAUUUUGUACUGAAAAUUUGAUGCGACAGUUGUCCUGUAAUGGUAAAAGAACUAAAUUGACCUUUGACACUAUGGGUUCUACUCAUACUUUGAAUUCGUUUGUUAUUCAUGGUAUGCAAGUGUGUGAUUUGACUUUAUGUAAUACUGUUGACUUGCCAACCAUUUAUACUAAAGACUGUAUACCUGUUUCACAUGAUCAUAUACCAACUACUAAUGACCUUAGUAAGUGGCCUCAUUUAAGUGGAAUUGACAUUCCUGUUUUAAAUGCUGAAAUCGGGUUAUUAAUCGGCAAUAACGUGCCCAAUGCUUAUUCACCAAUAGAAGUAAAAACAGGGCCAUCUGAUAGUCCGCAUGCUGUAUUGUCGUCUUUAGGUUGGAUUAUUUGGAAUCUAAUUAGAGAUUCGUCUAGUUUAGUAAAUACUGUUAAUAGACUUGAUGUGCAAGCUGUUCAGAAUUUUGAAGAUUUGCGAGUAUUAGUUCAACGAACAACUAAGUUUGAUUUUCCGGAAAGAUCGAUCGACGAUGUAAGGGAAAAUUCACAAGAGGACAAUGCUUUUAUAAGAAAGGUUAAUCAGACAAUAAAUUUUGAAAACGGACAUUAUACUAUUGGCUUGCCUUUUCGUGACGAGUUUAUUUUGUUACCUAAUAACAGAGUGCAAGCAGAGUGUCGAUUAAAUAGUCUUCAGAACAAAAUGCGCAGAGACACUAAUUAUUGUAAUGACUAUAUUAAAUUUAUGACUAAAAUUAUCUGCAAUGGCUAUGCAGAAGUGGUACCAGAUAGUCAAGUCAACAGAGAUGAUGGGCAAGUGUGGUAUAUCCCACACCAUGGUGUGUAUCAUCCAAGAAAACCAGGCGAGUUGCGAGUUGUUUUCGAUUGCGCAGCCAUGUAUGACGGUAUAUCGCUUAAUCGGCAGCUACUGCAAGGUCCUGAUAUGACCAAUACAUUAACAGGUGUUUUAAUUCGCUUUCGACAGGAUAAUACAGCUAUUAUGGGUGACAUAGAAAAAAUGUUUUACCAGGUUCGAGUACCCGAGUGUGACCGUGACUUUUUGAGGUUUCUAUGGUGGCCCAAUGGAGACACUAGUUGUACGCCAAACACAUAUAGAAUGGUUGUUCAUCUCUUCGGUGCUGUGUCAUCCCCGUCCUGUGCGAAUUUAGCUUUGCGCCAAACUGCAAUUGACAAUUCCCAUUUGUUUGAUGACAAUAUAGUUUCUUCAAUACUUAAGAAUUUUUACGUAGAUGACCUACUUAAGUCAUUAAAAGAUUGUUCAAGUGCUGUAGAAUUCGUUAAAGACAUUUGCGCAAUAUGUGAAAAUGGAGGUUUUCGCCUUACAAAAUGGGUGAGUAACGAACGCAAUGUGUUGCAUGCUAUACCCGUUAACGAGAGAGCCAAGGACAUAAAAGAAUUAAACCUCGACUGUGAACUUUUACCAGUAGAACACGCACUAGGCAUUAGGUGGGUGGUAGAAAGUGAUGUUUUGAAAUUUAGUGUGAAGCUAGAUAAGUUAUCAGUAACAAGACGCGGAAUAUUAUCUGCAGCUAGCUCUAUAUAUGACCCACUAGGUCUCGUUUCACCUUUCGUUUUGCCUGCAAAGUUGUUGCUACAAUCACUUUGUCAACAGAAUCUAAAUUGGGAUGACGUAAUACCUGAGACCGAUCUACAUACUUGGCAUCAAUUCCUAAACAACCUGUCUGGCUUAGAAAAUUUCAAGAUUCCAAGAAGUUAUAAACCGGCGAAUUUUGGAAAGAUUGUUUCGUCUCAAAUUCAUACCUUUUCCGAUGCGAGUAACAUUGGUUAUGGUGCUGUAACAUAUAUCAGACUCGUAAAUGAAGACUGUAAAAUUCACUGUGCGUUGAUGUUUAGUAAAUCUCGCGUUGCUCCACUUAAGAAAUUAACUGUGCCACGAUUAGAAUUAACUGCAGCUACUGUUGCUGUUCGCUUGACUAAUAUGCUUGUGAAAGAACUCGAAAUUCAAAUUGAUAAUAUGUUUUACUGGACUGAUAGUAUGUCAGUUUUAGAGUACAUUAGAAAU